AUGAAAAGGGCUAUAGCAGAUGUUUGGCCUGAGUCGAGGCAUCGGUUAUGUAUGUGGCACAUCAUGGAUAAACUUACUAUAAAGGUCGGGGCUACCCUAUGUUCAAAUACCGAUUUCCGGAAAAAAUUGUCUGCAGUUGUUUGGACUGAUUCUUUAUUGCCCGAAGCGUUUGAGACUGAAUGGGCAGCUAUCUUAAAUGAGUUCGGAUUAACUGACCAUGAAUGGUUGACGUAUAUAUACGGGCUCCGUGAAUCAUGGAUUCCAGCUUAUUAUCACGAAGAAGAAAUGUCUAGACUUAUGCGGACAUCAUCUAGAUCCGAAAGCGAGAAUCACUUUUUUGGCAAGAUUAGCAAUCCAAAGUGCACUUUGGUUAUGAUACGUGAGGAGGAUGUAACUGUUAAAUGUAACCACAACAGGUUUGAGCAGUUUGGAUUGUUGUGCAGUCACAUUGUUUGUGUGUUAAGGAUUCUUGAUGUAAGGGAGUUUCCGAAACAAUAUAUAUUGAGGCGAUGGAUGCGUGAAGCUGUGCCAAAUAGUUCCCCCGGGUCCAUUCUUACUGUUGGCGGUGAUCCAGAUCGUAGCGAGGAGGUCAACCAUUGUGUUCGUGAGAUCAGUCACGCAACUGAGUAUGUCGUGAACAAGUUGAUUUCAAAAUUUGAUCAGUUGUGUACUUUUCGUGAACAUAUCAAGCAGUUUAUGUCAGUCGCUGAUGAGGCUCAGAUAAAUGCACCUCCAAAGACACGACGUAAUCGAUUUGCUGAAUUGCUGGGGGUUGCUCCAGUGAGCACGACCACUAUCCGUGUUCUAGUUGGUACCAGGUUCAAGGGUUGUGGUUCCCAUAAACGCCUCAAAUCUCAAAAGGAGCGUGCCAUAAGUCAGUUUGGAAGCACUUCGUGGAAUGCUGAAGGUAAUGUUGCUACAAUCGUUGAAGGUGAUGCUGCUACAAUUGUUGAAGGUGAUAGUCUUGGUUCCAACGAUGUUGAUGAUGUGUUCUACACAUCGGGAAUUGAUGUAGAUCUGGAUGAUGAAGACAUGGCAGAGUAG